AAAGUGGAAUAAUCAGACAGUCAAGACUUUCGCAGAGAGACAGAGGGCGAAAAAGGAGAGAUCCAGCUGGAGACAAAUAGUACUACGGAGAAAAGUCUUCUUCUAUGCUUAAUAUCGCCCGCAAAACUCUACAACGUGUGCCCAGCUUCCAGGAUAUUCUCCAAGGCAGGAUGAGCCACCCAGACAUUACUGUUGACGUUCUCGUCAUUGGUGCAGGCCCUACUGGUCUUGGUGCUGCAAAGCGCUUGAAUCAGAUCGACGGCCCAUCAUGGCUCAUUGUCGACUCGAAUGAGAUCCCUGGUGGUCUCGCCUCAACAGAUGUCACUCCUGAGGGAUUCUUGUACGAUGUCGGCGGUCACGUCAUCUUCUCCCACUACAAGUACUUCGAUGACUGCAUUGAUGAGGCUCUCCCCAAGCCCGACGACUGGUAUACUCACCAGCGUAUCUCCUACGUCCGUUGCCAGGGCCAAUGGGUUCCCUACCCCUUCCAAAACAACAUCUCCAUGCUUCCCAAGCACGAGCAGGUUCGCUGCAUUGAGGGCAUGAUUGACGCCGCUUUGGAAGCUCGCGUCUCUAACACAAAGCCUAAGACCUUCGACGAGUGGAUUAUCCGCCAAAUGGGUGUCGGUAUCGCUGAUCUUUUCAUGCGACCAUACAACUUCAAAGUGUGGGCUGUUCCCACCACCAAGAUGCAAUGCUCGUGGCUCGGUGAGCGUGUCGCCGCCCCUAAUGUCAAGGCUGUGACCACCAAUGUCAUCUUGAACAAAACUGCCGGUAACUGGGGUCCUAACGCUACUUUCCGUUUCCCUGCCCGUGAUGGUACCGGUGGUAUCUGGAUUGCCGUCGCCAACACUCUCCCCAAGGAGAAGACUCGCUUCGGUGAACACGGCAAGGUCACCAAAGUGAACCCCAAUUCCAAGGUUGUCACUUUGGCAGAUGGUACCACUGUCGGUUACGAGAAGCUCGUCUCCACCAUGGCUGUUGAUGCUUUGUGCGAGCAAAUCGGUGACAAAGAACUCAUCGACCACACCAAGGAGCUCUUCUACUCUUCCACUCACGUCAUCGGUGUUGGUAUUCGUGGAGAGCGCCCCGAGCGCAUUGGCGACAAGUGCUGGCUCUACUUCCCCGAGGACAACUGCCCCUUCUACCGUGCCACCAUCUUCUCCAACUACUCCCCAUACAACCAACCUGACGCCUCCAAGAAGCUCCCUACUCAGCAACUUGCCGAUGGUUCCCGACCUGCCAGCAGUGAGCCCAAGGCCGGUCCUUACUGGUCCAUCAUGUUGGAGGUCUCUGAGUCAUCUUACAAGCCUGUUGACGUUGAGACCAUUGUAAAGGAGUCCAUCCAGGGCCUCGUUAAUACUGAGAUGCUCAAGCCUGGAGAUGAAAUCGUCUCUACCUACCACCGCCGAUUCGACCACGGAUAUCCUACCCCAUCCUUGGAGCGUGAGGGUGCUCUCACCCAGCUUCUUCCUAAGCUCCAAGAGAAGGGCAUCUGGUCUCGUGGCCGUUUCGGUAGCUGGCGCUAUGAGGUCGGUAACCAGGACCACUCUUUCAUGCUUGGUGUCGAGGCUGUUGACAACAUUGUCAACGGUGCCGUCGAGCUGACCCUCAACUACCCCGAUUUCGUCAACGGCCGACAGAACACUGAGCGUCGUCUCGUCGAUGGUGCUCAGGUCUUCGCCAAGAAGAAGUAAAUUCAGGACAAGGAAGAAAGUGUUGGAAUAUAUGAAAAGGAUGACUUUUCUUGACAAUUCUUCUGAAAGAUUUUAUGCUAGAUUUCCUUUGUCAUUUUCCCUUUCUUCUUCUACCCCCCCUUUUUUUUGCUGAUGUUGGAAUCUUUUUAAGGAACGCCUUUUGCGCGUGUGAUGAAUGACAUUAUUGACCAUGGACUGGAGCAUCGAUUAGUUAACCGUUUUAAACCCCCUUUUGUUCUUAUCCAAUUUUUUUAGAUACAAUACAUGGAUAUAUCUAUUUC